AAGAAGGGAGGCGUGGUGCUGCUGUUUUGCCCCACUUGACAGUCCCUCUGCAGUUCACUAUCGUUCGGCUGAAUGGGCAGCUCAGUACACGCAAGACAUCACCACCACUCUGCCACACCACAUUCAUCCGGUCACAACAUCAAGGGAUUAUUUUUGACAACAUUCUCACCCAUCCGAACCUGGUUUUUACGUGAAGAACCGAGACGGUCUUCUGGAGGGAUCCCUAGGCAUUCCCAAGUCAGCCAAGAGACAUUUCUCCAGCGUGUCCUGGGUCGUCCCAGGGGUCUCUUUCUGGUGGGACAUGCCCAGAACACCUCUCCAAGGUGGCGUCCGGGAGGCCUCCGAAUCAGAUGCCCCUGGCACCUCAUCUGGCUCCUCUCAAUGCAGAGGAGCAGCGGCUUGACCCUGAGCCCCUCCCGGAUGACUGAGCUUCUCACCCUAUCUCUAAAUCAUGCACCCUAGAUAGCAGUCUUGUCCUCUUCAUUUCCCCCCUGGUCCCUUCCUAAAUAUUUUGGCUCUGAGUCCACCACUGCCACGUGUGUUACCAAAGCCACCAUGCCCCCAAGGAAGAGGACAAGGGCGGGCCUGGGGUUCUUGUGCUGCUUCGGCAGCAGUGAACCCCCAGAGAUCAACCUAAAGGACAGUGUACCCUUGCAGCUACUGGAAUUCAGUGUCCCUAUGCCACCUGCUGAAGAGCUCCAUGCUCGCUUCUCAGAGUUGGUGGACGAGUUGGAUUUGACUGAUAAGAAUAGAGAGGCCAUGUUCGCAUUGCCGGAUGAGAAGAAAUGGCAGAUCUACUGCAGUAAAAAGAAAGAGCAAGAGGACCCAAACAAGCUUGCUACAAGCUGGCCUGAUUACUACAUUGACCGUAUCAACUCCAUGGCUGCUAUGCAGACCCUGUUUGCCUUUGAUGAGGAAGAAAUGGAAAUGAGGAACAAGGUGGUGGAAGAUCUGAAAACAGCGCUUCGGACUCAGCCAAUGAGGUUUGUGACACGCUUCAUCGAGCUGGAUGGUCUCACCUGUCUCCUCAACUUCCUGCGCAGCAUGGACUAUGAGACCUCUGAGAGCCGCGUCCACACCUCUGUCAUCGGCUGCAUCAAGGCUCUAAUGAACAAUUCUCAGGGUCGAGCCCAUGUACUCGCUCACCCACAGAGCAUCAACACAAUCUCACAGAGUUUGAGAACGGAGAACGUGAAGACCAAAGUGGCUGUCCUGGAGAUUCUCGGGGCAGUAUGUCUGGUCCCCGACGGGCACAAGAAAGUGUUACAGGCCAUGGCUCACUACCAAAAAUACGCAGCAGAAAGGACUCGUUUUCAGACGCUGCUGAAUGAGCUGGACAGGAGUACGGGACGCUACAGAGACGAGGUCAACUUGAAGACCGCUAUUAUGUCCUUCAUCAACGCUGUGCUUAAUGCAGGAGCCGGAGAGGACAACCUUGAGUUCCGCCUCCACCUGAGGUACGAAUUCCUGAUGUUGGGCAUCCAACCAGUUAUUGACAAGCUUCGAGAGCAUGAAAACGCCACUCUAGAUCGGCAUUUGGAUUUUUUUGAAAUGGUACGCAAUGAGGAUGACUGCGAGUUGGCCAAAAGGUUUGACAUGACCCAUGUAGACACCAAAAGUGCCAGUGCCAUGUUUGAGCUGGUUAAAAAGAAGCUCAGCCACUCUGAGGCCUAUCCACACCUCCUCUCCAUCCUCCAGCACUGUCUCCAAAUGCCAUAUAAGCGUGGUGGAAGCAGCAUGCAUCACUGGCAGCUUCUUGACAGGAUCCUCCAGCAGAUAGUCCUUCAGGAUGACAAAGGGGAGGAUCCCGACCUUUCCCCGCUGGACAACUUCAAUGUUAAAAACAUCAUUCGCAUGCUGGUCAAUGAGAAUGAGGUGAAACAGUGGAGAGACCAGGCCGAGAAGUUCCGAAAAGAUCAUGCUGAGCUGCUUGGCAAAUUGGAGAGGAAGGAACGAGAGUGUGAGACCAAGACCCAAGAAAAAGAGGACAUGAUGAGGACUCUAAACAAGAUGAAGGAUAAACUCCAGCGUGAGGGUGUGGAGCUACGCUCAGCCAGGGAGCAAGUACUGGAUCUAUCAACACGCAUCAAUGACUGUAGUUUGGUGGGCACCGUCUCUUUCCCACCACCUCCUCCUCCACCUGGAGCUCCCAUGGCUCCGCCUCCUCCGCCAAUGAUGGGUGGCUUUCCUCCACCGCCUCCUCCGCUGCCCUUAAGUUGCCCACCUCCACCGCCGCCACCUCCCCCACCCGGUGCCCCACCUCCUCCACCAGGAGCACCUCCCAUUUUUGGAAUCCCUCCUCCACCUAUUCCAUGUUCUUUCAAUUCAGCGAGCACGCUGCGCUCCAAGACCAUCCCCCAGCCGUCUCAUCCGCUGAAAUCUUUCAACUGGGCUAAACUCGGAGAGCAUAUGAUCAAUGGCACGAUUUGGAAUGAUAUUGAUGACCUAAAAGCUUUCAAGAUCCUUGACCUCAAGGACAUAGAAAAGAUGUUUUCAGCCUAUCAAAGACAACAGGACCUUCUCACUAACCAAUCAUUCAAGCAGAAGGAGACCGGGUCCAUGGAUGAUAUUUAUGUCAGCACACGGAAAGUCAAGGAGCUCUCAGUCAUUGAUGGCCGGCGCGCACAAAACUGUGUCAUCCUUCUUUCAAAGUUAAAAAUGAGCAAUGAAGAGAUCAAGAGAGCAAUCCUAGAGAUGGAUGAGCGAGAAGAGUUGGCCAAAGAUAUGCUGGAACAGUUGCUGAAGUUUGUCCCAGAGAAGAGUGACAUUGAUCUCCUGGAGGAGCACAAACAUGAGCUAGAGCGCAUGGCCCGAGCAGAUCGCUUCCUGUUUGAAAUGAGCAGAAUUGACCACUACCAGCAGAGACUGCAGGCUCUGUUCUUUAAGAAGAAGUUUGCAGAGCGCCUUGCUGAAUCCAAGCCAAAGGUGGAAGCCAUUCUGAAUGCUUCCAAGGAGUUGGUCAGGAGCAAGAGGCUCACACAGAUCCUGGAAGUCGUGCUCGCCUUCGGCAACUUCAUGAACAAGGGCCAGCGGGGAAAUGCCUUCGGGUUCAAGGUCUCCAGCCUCAAUAAGAUUGCUGACACCAAGUCCAGCAUAGAUAGGAACAUCACCAUGCUGCACUACCUGAUCAUGAUCUUUGAGAAGAACUACCCUGACACACUGCACAUCCAUCUGGACCUCAGCAGCAUACCAGAGGCUGCAAAAGUCAAUUUGGCAGAGUUGGAAAAAGAGGUGCAUUGUAUAAAGAGCGGACUGAAAGCUCUUGAAGCGGAGCUGCACUACCAGCAGAGCAGGACGAGGGAGCGUGGAGAUAAGUUUGUGGCUGUGAUUGGUGACUUUAUCACCGUGGCUGGCUUCAGCUUCUCUGAACUGGAGGAUCAGUUGAACGAGGCCAAGGACAAGUUCAGCAAAUCUCUGAAGCACUUUGGGGAGGACGAAGGCAGGAUGCAGCCCGACGAGUUCUUUGGGAUUUUUGACACCUUCUUGCAGUCAUUCGGCGAGGCCCGCCAAGACCUGGAAAACAUGCAGCGGCGCAAGGACGAGGAGGAGAGGAGGGCGCGCAUGGAGGCCAUGCUCAAGGAACAGCGGGAGCGGGAACGCCGGUCCAAGAAGAGCGGCGCCUCAGACGAGGUCGGAGGGGAAUUUGACGACCUGGUGUCGGCGCUGCGUUCGGGCGAGGUUUUCGACAAGGACCUGAACAAAUUCAAACGCAACCGCAAGCGCUCCGUCAACCAGCUGGUGGAGGGCGGCGGGGGUGGGGGCGGCGGAGGCGGGCGGGAACGAGCAGUCACAAAAGUCAACUACUAGGAGGUCAGAAAAAACUGAGACGUCCUAAGCUUGGCCUGAUGCGGAUCUCAGGUGGUCCAUAUUCUCAGACUAUGUCCUAACAUGCGAACGACUUGCCCCCAACCCCCCACCCCACCUCACCCCAGAAGUUACGUGAUCUCCUGAUCUGGAUGCUGGGCAGGCAAGCUCCAGGGCGCAAAAACCACUGUGACACAUCAUCACGUGACUUUGACCACCGUGCUUAAGCUUCUCGCCAUCUGUCACCGGUUCUUCCCGACCGACCGUUUUCUUUUGGUCCCCCCGCCUGGCAUCACGUGCGCGUAGACAUAAAGCGAGAGAACGCUCCGGGAGCCAAGCAAAGCGACAUCUGGAAAUGAUCGAGUCGGGAUGGAACCUCUCCAAAAUGCCAGUGAGGAUCGGCACAGCUGGCGGUCACGUGACCUCGACGCGUUCUCAUUGCAGCGUCAGUGUGUCGACGUCCACAACGUUGUUGUCACGGCAUCCAGCGGUGCCAAAGCAGAAGAAACAAACGUGUCCGUGGAUUCAGAAAACAGCUUGCGAUUUGCCAUUUCUAUUUAUAGCAAAAGCAUUUUUGGUUGGUUUUGAUUGCAGUUGGCAGGGUUUUGUAGACUCAACUCAAGUGAAUUUUUCUUUUUUGUCUUGUUUGCACUGCAGCUUGUCUUGUUUUGCCCAAAAAGUUCACGUGCGUCCUUUCCUUUUCCUCGCCAACAAACACGAUUAGGAGGAGCGGUGUUUGGGAAGAUACACUUUCAGACACUCCGCGGGGGUUGGUUUCCAUGCUCGGCUGCUGGCCUGCGUGGUCCACUUUCCUAAUGGGCCUUAAUUAAGUCUCUCAAUUCAAAAUAGCUAAGCCGUCGGUCGACUUUUUUAACACCACCACGAAGAUGCUGCCUAGCUGCCGUGCCACAUCUAUGCUUGUUGCAAUCUCAUUCCUAUGUAGUGUAGAAAUGGUGCACAGGAGAGACGGUGGGGAAAAAAAAAUCUUCCAUGUUUCUGCUUGUUUGUAUGUCACAAAUCCAUUUUACUGGCAACCUACUGCUGCUAAUGGGGGUUGGUUCCAACACUUUUUGAAGUUCUGAUAGAAUUUACUACUUGUAAAAUCUUAGUUAAUGUGAUCAAUGUUGCAAUAGAUGCGGUGGGCUCAUUGCAAGCGCAUACUAGUUUGUUGCCAGGAGAGGGUGCCAUGUUAAUCAACGUCAGCUCUUGGGGUUAGCCGACAAUGAAGGACACGAAAUUGUAAUGUAACGUCGGCACAGAAUGUGAGAUGGCCGCCUUUGUGACAAAAAACAACAACAACAACAAAAAAACACAUUCAUUACUCUAUUUGAAAGCAAAAAUAAUACAUACAAUACUCAGUUUGACUUGAAUAUCUCAUCGGGAUUGCGCAACCCAUUUUUUUCAAGCUUGCAUGAAGUGCUUCCUCGUACACUUCCCAAUGCACGUGACUCAACAAGCAUUUGGUUAUUAAUCCGUCAUCCAGUUUUGUGAUGAGAAAUGAAGAUUUUCUGAUGUUUCUAACACAUAAUGUAAUCUUGUCGUCGGCUUCUUUUGACCACAUAAUCGCCUUGAAGUGCCUCCGACCCUUGUGUGCGCACAAGUACCAUUCCUCUUACUGUGUGCUGCUGCUACUAGAUGACAGUACACGUUGGUGGUGGUGGGGGGGGGGAUGCAGCUGAUGUACGAUCUACUCGAAGUAUUGGCGCCUGCUUGGGUUCACGUGCAGUAAACAACAAAAAGCAGCUCUGUAGCUCGAUCCCAGGACGGUAAAGAUUCACUUUUGUGUCCUAAAGUCAGUUUUAAUGGGGAAGUUCAGUUCUAUUUCUAUUAUUUUCUAUUUCACAUUUGUCCUGAAAGUAAAGCAGAGACGCUUGUGUGAGGCCCAGCUCCAAAAGAACUGAACCUUUUGUUGUCCCUGAAUUUGAGCAGCACCGCUUUUGAACCAGCAACUUCUGUUUAUUCCAGCUGGUGUUUUCUUUCCUCCUUUAUCUUUCCAGCUAAUUAUAAUAAGUUAGUAUAGCAAACUUGCCAGAACUUUGUCAACUUUUAAUUCUGAGCUUUAUCCCCACAUUUUAGGGCAAACUAUUUACAGCAACCUUGUCAGUAUUACUUUUGUUUUGUUCCACGUUUGGAUGUUUAUUAUCAGCCAUUGACUGGCUGACUUUGGAGUGCAAAAGAAGGAAAUCCAAAAGAAUGAUAUGAGUAGCUAUUAUUUUCUUUUCAAUGCACUUUUAUUAUGGGACUUCUCUAUUUGCAAUGUUGUUUUGAGGGUUUUGACUUCUUGGAACUGCAAAGGGUGCUGCAAAAAAAGUGUUGUAAAAAAAGAGGAAAGAGGCAAGUGAUUGGUACUCCGGCUGGGCCGCUGGAAAAAAAAACGAUGGAUGAGAGACGAGAUUGAGGUGGACACAGGCCAGAUGUGUCUGUGGUUUUGACAUGUAAAAAAAUAAAUGUUAGAAAAAAGAUUACAAUUUUAAAAAAAUUGAGGAAUGUUUAGUUUUCUGUCUAAACGUGCACUUGGCAUCUAGCUGCAUGCCCAAAAAAGCGUGCACGCCGUCUGAUGUAUUGAGUUGAACCUUUGAAUAGGAAGUUGCUUGUGCUAUUAAAGUUAAGGGGAAAAAAAGCACCGUGUUAUACUUCACUUUGUACUGCCUGACAAAUGUUGCACCCACUUUCUGGCGGCUGUGUAGUUGUGAGGAGUCCGUAUUUUUUAUCAUUGAAUAUAAAAUACCCUUCACAGAAAAAUGUACAGUUGGAAGAGGAAAAAAAAAACUUAUUUUGUACACCGCUCUUGAUGUUUGAGAUAAAAUGAAAACACCAUUAAAAUAUUGAGGAAUGUUGCAUUUUCCUGUAAAUUGUACCUCUAUUUAUUUGCCUUAUUUAGUUUGCUAUAUUUUGUAUGUACACACAGCAUUACAAGAAAUUAUAUAUAUUGAAAUAUGAUUAAUGAACUGGUCUGUGUAUGGUGGAUCAUUAUGAGAUGUGUAAGAAUGAGUGUUUUGAUUUUCAUUUCUAUAAUGUUAUUUUUGAUUUGUAUUUUUCUCACCCUGUGUCUUUUGUAGGGUUACAAUAAAGUUUUUGUC